AUGGCCAUCGCCGACGCGGUGCCGCCCCCUCCCCCGCCCCCGCCGGCGUGGAUCGUCGUCGUGGUGCUGGCGCUCGUGCACUUGGCCCGCGUCCUCUGCGUCGCGGCGGGAGCCCUCCCCUACUUGGGCUUCGCGCUCGCGUGGGUCAUCUCCGCGGCCACGGCUGGACAGAUCGUGGCAAGCCGCGCCUGGGGCGAGAGCUCCGCCCCCUUCCUCUUCCUCCAGGCCCUCAUGUACGGGGCUCUCAAGGUCCUCAUCUACAGCAUCCUUGCGUUGGUCGUGCUUCUCGUCCUGUUGGUGUGCGUGGCCUACGUGAUUGCAGCUGUAUCUGGAUCCACUUCGGGAUUCAAGAAGAGCGCCCUAGAAGCAUUCACGCAGGAGCUGGUUGCAGACUCAUUCAGGCUUCCGCGCACCGCGGUGCUUGGAUUGGUUGCGGAUGUGGCCUUCUUCCUUCUAGUGGUCGCUGGUCUUCUGGUAGUGAUGAUGUCGCCGGACGUGGAGGGUUCGAUGUCUCAGGGUGAAAUGGUCGCCUCUGUAAUCAUAGAUGUGGCACUAUUUGGUAUGCACGCGACAGCUUGCUUUGUUAUCAUCCCAGCGCUCACUCUUAGUGUGUGGAAGGGGGGCCAGGAGGACAGGAAAGCGCCAUCGCAGUUUUGUUGA